AUGAUGGAGCGCGCUGACAUUGAGUUCCUUGUGCUUAUAGAGGGCGUGGAUGCUCCCACAUCAGCCAAGCUGCAAGCCCGACAUUCCUACUCGCCUUGUGACAUCAAGUUCAACCACCGCUUCUCCACCAUGGUCAGGCGGUCACCAAGUGGAAUCCGACGCGUGGACUUCACCAAGUUCCACGACGUCCAGCCUGUCCCAGCUACUCUUCGCCGCCCCCACUUCCUCCCCCACGCUCCCUCCUGGGAAAAUCUCCGCAGCCUCUCCUCCCUCUCCUCUCUCCCCGGCGUUCUCCGCCACCCCACUGCUGUCUCAACCGACAAAUCAGGCGCCAUUAUGGGCCGAAGGGAUGCCCCUCACCCCUUCCCAGCCCCUGCUGACUCUGCUUCUGCCUCUCAAGCCUCACUGGCUUAUCCACCCGUGAUAUCCGCUGCUGGUGGUGGUAGUGGUGGUGACCCUGCUCCUGUUGCAGCUGACACGAUUCGAAAGAACUCAAGCUUCAUGAACAUCCUUUCUCUUGGAUUUGGGCCUGGGUCAGGCUGGGGAGGUGGGGUAUGGGGGAGUGGAGUGUGGGGUGGUGGAGUGUUGUGGAGCGGAGGAGCAGGCGCAGGAACAGAUGAAGGGUCAAGAGGAACAGUAGCAGCAGGGGGAGGGAGUUUACCAGCCGCUGGGAACACGGCUAGUGAUGUGAUCCGUGGAGGCAGUGUGUAUGCAAGCACUUCUGGUGUUGCUGCCGAAGACUGGGGACGAAUCCGUGAAUGCAGAGCUGCAAGUGACUCUGCAGCUGUUGGGGAAGGAGCAGGAGGAGGGCUAAGGGGUGGGCAGGGACACAAAGGUGGAGCGAUGUUCCUGCCUCUGGCAGGCAUGGAGCACGAAUUGUCCAUGGCCUCUCUCCCUCCAGUUAUUGAAGGCAGCUCCGGCAGCAGCAGCCCAGCAAGUGUGCCUCCAGCUGUUCUUUCGAACUCAGGUGUUUUCAACAGAUCAGGUGUGUGGAAUGCUGCUCAUGUAGGGACGUGGUCCAUGGAAGCAACAUCAGAGGCUGCAGCAAGUGGAGCUGUGGUGUUAGCUCCUGUAGCAAUCGCAGCCGCAUCAACAGCAGUCAUAGCAGGAGAUGGAGAUGCGGCAGUCACGGUAGGAACAGGUGCAGGAUCAGCGGCACAAGCUCAUGCGUUUGAAGGGAGGAAGCAGAUGAGGCGUAUGGUUAGAAAGGGGAGUGCAGAGAGAUGGGAUCGAAUUGGUGGUGGGAUGACAACAGAACAAGGGCGACUUAGCAGGCGUGUAUCAUUUGAGGUAUCACCAGUCGCUGAUUUGGUUGGCGAGGGAGGGACUCAACAAGGGGCUGAGCUGACAGCAGGGAGGGAAUGUGCGAGUGUUGCUCCAACUGCCGCAGUGCUGGAUGGGGGGGGGUCUACAAGGCAUGAAGGCUGCAAGGAAUUUACUCAAACUGCAGACAGGCAAGAAAUGGAGGAAAUGGGUGUUGAAAUUCCCAACAAGAAGGGGCGGAGGGAGCAGAGGGAUUCAGGUGGAAGGAGGCAUGGGAGGUCCUUUAGUGAACCACCCAUUCUUGUUCCCAGCAGCAAACGAAACAGUGCCUCUAGCAGCAGCAGCAUGAGAGGAGGCAUUGGAAUUGGUGGCAGGAGGAGCAGUGGUGCAAGCAAGCAGGAGAAAAGUUCCGGUGCCUCAGGCCUGCCAGGCUGCUGGACAGAUCAAAGUCCGCUGCUGCUGAUGAACUCCUUCAGUGUGCGAUCGGCAUCACACAUGCUGGAAAUGGAUGCACGCCACAGGAUUGCUGUGGCAGAGAAGAGGGAGCAGCAGUGGCGAUCACUUGUUGUGGACCUUGCCAUCAAGGUGCAGAGCAGCAAAGCACUCCAUGCGCCUGAUGUUGAUUGCCAUCCACUCCUCAAUAGAGCCGAGGAGUUUCUAGAACAAGCCGCUGAAGAAGAUGAAGUUACGAAGAGCAAUGUGGAUUCAAUUCCCGUCCUUUCGCAAACGGAGGUGGCGGAGAGGCUUGCUGGCCACAAGCAUCCUAAUCAACAAAACUAUCGCGCGUUUUACUCGAGUGUGGUCGGUGGAAUCACGACGGAUCCAGCAGCUAUGGUAAUUCCUAUUGACGAUCACAUGGCUCACAGAGGCCACGCUGUUUUUGACACCGCCAUUAUUUGCUCAGGGUACUUAUAUGAGCUUGAUGAGCAUGUUGACCGUUUCAUAAAGAUCCAGUUGACGGGGUUACAGUGGCUACGUCAAGUGUUCCAAUGA